GAGGCAGGCAGGUCAGACCCUUGCUGGGCACUCACGUGAGGCCACCACUCACCAUGCACAUAACCCAGCUCAAUCGGGAGUGUCUGCUGUGCCUCUUUUCCUUCCUGGACAAGGACAGCCGGAAGAGCCUCUCCAGGACUUGCUCCCAGCUCCGAGAAGUGUUUGAGGACCCCACUCUCUGGCCCCUGCUGCACUUCCAUUCCCUCGCUGAGCUCAAGAAAGACAACUUCCGGCUGAGCCCGGCACUGCGCAGCCUGUCCAUCUGUUGGCAUUCCAGCCGUGUGCAGGUGUGCAGCAUCGAGGACUGGCUCAAGAGCGCCUUCCAGAGGAGCAUCUGCAGCCAGCACGAGAGCCUGGUUAAUGAUUUCCUCCUGCAGGUGUGCAACAGGUGCCCCAACCUGACGUCCGUCACUCUUUCGGGCUGCGGCCACGUCACGGAUGACUGCCUGGCGCGCCUGCUGCUCAGCUGCCCGCGCCUGCGCGCGCUGCGCCUCGAGAACUGCGCGCGCGUGACCAACCGCACGCUGGCGGCCGUGGCCGCGCACGGGCGCGCGCUGCAGACGCUGCACGUGGACUUCUGCCGCAACGUGAGCGCGGCCGGCCUGCUCCGCCUACGCGCCGCCUGUCCCAACCUGAUCCUGAGCGCGGAGCACAGCGCGGCCAUGAUACCCGACCAGCCGCCGCGUGCGCGCGUGUCCGCUGCCUCGGCUUUCUCCGCUGCACCGGGGAGACAAAGCGUGCCUCACCCGACGGGUUCCUAGUGAGGAUGCGCGCGCUAUUAAACGAGCGGAUGCACGU